CACUCAAAGGUGAAGGCCGACAAACAUGCUGACUUCCCGUUGUUAAAGAUUUUGGCGCAUCUGUUGGAGCAGAAAAAGAAGAAAUCGCUUUAAAACCUUGGUUCCCGUUGUUAAUUUUUUGACGCGUCUGUUAGAGAAAGGAAAAGAAGAAAUCGCAAUUUAAACCGAAUAUUUUUAACAAAACAAACUGAAUAUAGUUUGACAAAACAACAAAAUAAGAAAAUGCCGAAAGAUUCAAAAGGUGCACUGCAGAUCGAAAGAGAACGACUUUUGGAAAAGGUUUCAGAUUUCAAAGAAAAAUUCAAAACAGAUGGAGACCACCUCGUACAAGACGUCUUCCCCAACAAAAUCUUAGAACUUGAGGAAUUGUUCCAGACAAUGUGUUUGUCCAAAGUUACAGACAUGCAUUGCGACCUCAAUAUUCCUGUUCCAGACCCCAUAUUGUUCAGCAACGACAAUGAUUCAGGCGAGCCACAGUCAAAGAAACGAAAAUCUGAUAAUGACCAUCAGAACAGUGAAAACAAUGUUUCAGGCACCCCUGUGAUGGUGCUACCUAACGGGGCGGUUCCGUGUAAUAAAAAACUGGUGGUGUUGUCAGAAAGGAUGAAGCCUCUUAUAUGGGAACUCAUAGACCACGCAAAUCUUUUAAAAAUGUGGAUAGCAUUCUUGAUACCGAAGAUUGAAGACGGCAACAAUUUUGGAGUUUCUAUCCAGGAAGACACAAUGGGUGAAGCUAGACAGGUGGAGAGCGAGGCUGCGUCCUAUCUAGAACAAGUCUCGCGUUACUUCAUCACACGGGCUAAACUUGUGUCGAAAGUCGCCAAAUACCCACAUAUUAGUGACUACAGACAAGCCGUGAAGGAGCUGGACGAGAAGGGAUUCAUCAGCCUCCGUCUCAUCUGCUGUGAACUAAGGAAUCAUUACGCUAGUCUACAUGACCUUGUAUUGAAAAAUAUGGACAAAAUCAAGAAGCCCAGAAACGCAAAUGCCCAGAGCUUGUACUAGUUUGACUUCAAAGAUCAGGACAUUACGACGAUUCGCAUACUGGACUCGGCAUUCCCCAGCAGGAUAGGCUAUCAACACACAGUUAGUCCAUUGCGAUGUACCAAUGCUGUCUGAAUUGAGGACGUUCAGUUAUCUUCAUGAAAAGAUGCUGUUGUGGUGAUCAUAAAAACAAAAUUCCAUUUUGGAAGCAGAAAUACCAUCAUGCUGUCCGAACGAUGAAUAUGUGAAAGAGACUCUUUGGAUCUAACUUUAUGGACAGAGUAUGGCAUUAUAACUUGUAAAACUUUACUUUGUAAAUGGACAUAUGGGGUCCGAGUCAUGAAUUUGAAUUUUUUGAAAUUGAAAUGUUGGAAAGUGUUUUUGUCAUGUUUGUUAUUUGUCAUGUCAACAAACACACCAAAUGCAGGCAGUUUCUAGACAUUUAGACUUUAUUCAUUAAUUCACGGAGAUUGUGCUUAAAGUAGUCGGGAUAUUUUCUAAACAAAGUUGAGAACAGAAAAUACGAGAAUAGAGAAAUUUGAAACAUUUUCAUUUUGUUGUAAUUAUGAUUUGGCAACAAUCCUCAGACUGUUAAAAACUUAACGCUGUUCCUGAUUUCUCAAAAAAUAAAAUUUGUAGUUUUUAAAAUUAAUUGUCCAUACUUCUUAAUUUCAUCAUAAUUUGCAUGUCUCAAAAUAUAUCAUGAAGUUUAAAAAGUAAAAAUUGUCAUUAAAAACCUUUAUUUUGAGCAAAAACCAAAGUUUUAAAAUUUAGGCUUUUCUUAAUUUAUUGAAACAUUUUUCAUGCAAUUUCAAAAAUUCUUUAAUGUAAACAACACAUAUUUGUAGUAUACUAGCACAUUGAAAAACAAAAAUUAAGGCAUACAAAUGGGAAUAAAAUAGUAUUGGUAGAAAUAAUAUUGAGAAUCUGUGCUUGCGUCCUUUUUGCCCCUGCUUUUGUUUCAAAUGAAAUGGUCUGCUUAUUGGGUUAAAUUCAGCUUAAGACUCGAAUUUUAUAUACGCAAAUUAAAUAUGUUUACGUUGCUGUUGACAACAUAUUAACAUAAUUAGGGACUGGCGAGCCUGACUCGUUUGAUAAGUCACUAGAUAUAAUUGAUAUGCUGUGUUAUAUGGAAUAAAAUUAAUUCAGGGUUGAUGCCAUGAAUACUGUUUUGUCAACCUCUGCCAUAUACGAAUAGUAAUUUAUAGCUCUAGUCAACUUUUGACUAUUCUGACCAUAAAUGUAUGAAAAAAUGUAUAAAAUUCAGUCAUAGUUUCUUUUAUAUCAUAGAUUGAUAUUAAUCUUUGAGAAAUAAUUCAGAACAACUUAAUAAUUCAUAAAUCAUCCAAGCAUUAAAAAUAGAUAAAGUGUUGGGAUUCAAAAACCUAAUACAUCUGGUACAAUUGUAAGGUGAUUCAGUUUACAUAUGUCUAUGGUGACUGUGUACCGGAAAUUUUCGCCUUUUUCGCCCCCUGCGAUGAAGGCAAUUUUUUUUCAUUGUAAUGAAAUGUGAAGGGCGAAAUUAACACUGGAUGAAAUUUGAUUUCACAGGUGAAAGUUUGAGAUGACGAAAAUUUUCCGCUAUACAGUAUGUAAAUAAUUUUCGUUUUAUUAAAUGAAAUAACACUUCUGUAUACAGGACACUUUGUCAAGUAACCAUUUGUGAAGUAUGCUGUGUGGUAAUGUUUAGCACUGUGAUGAAUCUGUAGUCAAUAAUGUGAACAAAAAUGGCAAAAUUUAAACUGCAGGGAACAUUUUCUGGUAUAAUAGACAAACCUGCUUAUGUGACCACUUCCAUUAAGAGACCAUCCUUGUUAUAUUAAGAGGCCACUUUUAUGCCCUAUCAUAGUGAUUUCAUUGUGAAUUUAACCUGUAUUAAGAGACCACCUCCAUU